CCUGAGACUCGUUCUGUUCUGGAAAGAGGUUUGACCUCUUAUGACCCGGAAGCUGACGCCAGCCAGACCCGAGCUGUUCCAUCGGCGGAGUAAAGAUGGCUGACCAAGGCGCCGCAGAUCCUGGUAAUAACAACAAUAAUACACCUGAAGCAUCGGAGGGAACUAUUAUUAAGGUCACAGUAAAAACCCCUAAAGACAAAGAAGAAAUCGCCAUCGCAGAAGAUGCUUCUGUCACUCAGUUUAAAGAAGAGAUCUCGAGGCGGUUCAAAGCCAAACAGGACCAGUUGGUUCUGAUUUUUGCAGGGAAGAUCUUGAAGGAUGGCGACAGCCUCAGCCAACACGGCAUCAAGGAUGGCCUGACGGUUCACCUGGUCAUAAAGACAGCACACAAGGCUGGAGAUGGCGGUAGCACAUCCGCCUCUAGCUCAACCUCCACUCAAGCAGGCAAUACCUCCACCUCUAGUCCAAGUACCAACCCCUCGUCCACAGCAGGCUCUACUGGCACUGCUGCACCACCCACACAGACGCCCAACAUACUGACUGGCUUUGGUGACCUGGCCGGCCUAGCUGGAAUGGGCAUGGGCUCAGCUAACUUCAUGGAGUUGCAGCAGCAGAUGCAGAGGCAGCUCAUGUCCAACCCAGAGAUGCUUUCUCAGAUCAUGGAGAACCCGUUGGUGCAAAACAUGAUGUCCAACCCAGACCUGAUGAGACAGAUGAUCAUGGCCAACCCUCAGAUGCAACAGCUGAUGGAACGCAACCCUGAGAUCUCCCACAUGCUCAACAACCCUGAGCUCAUGAGACAGACCAUGGAGCUAGCUAGGAACCCGGCCAUGAUGCAGGAAAUGAUGCGGAACCAGGACCGGGCUCUGAGCAACUUGGAGAGCAUCCCAGGAGGUUACAAUGCCUUGCGGAGGAUGUACACCGACAUCCAGGAACCCAUGUUCAGCGCUGCCAGGGAACAGUUUGGUAGCAACCCAUUUUCAGCUCUAGGUGGGAAUUCUGAGUCUGGUGCCCAGCCAUCACGGACAGAGAACCGGGAGCCCCUGCCUAAUCCAUGGGGGCCACCAAAUUCUUCUAACCCCUCUGAGAGUGGAGGGGCCACCACAGGAAGCACGAGCACCACUGGGGGCACCAACCCCAGUGUGUCCAACCCUCUGGGCAUCAAUCCUGCCAGUCUGGGCAAUGGGAUGUUCAACAGCCCAGGCAUGCAGAGUUUACUGCAGCAGAUCUCGGAAAACCCUCAGUUGAUGCAGAAUAUGCUGUCCGCUCCCUACAUGCGCAGUAUGAUGCAGUCACUGUCUCAAAACCCAGAGUUGGCCUCCCAGGUUUUGAUGAAUAACCCCUUGUUUGCUGGAAACCCACAGCUGCAGGAACAGUUCAGAUCUCAGUUGCCCAUCUUUCUGCAGCAGAUGCAGAACCCAGAAGCCCUGUCAGUGAUGACCAAUCCACGGGCCAUGCAAGCUCUAAUGCAGAUCCAACAGGGUCUACAGACACUGCAGACAGAAGCACCAGGCCUAAUGCCCAGUUUAAUGACUGGUGGAGUUCCUGGUGGCAUUCCCGGUGGAAUGCCUGGUGGAAUGCCUGGUGGAAUGCCUGGUGGAAUGCCUGGUGGAAUGCCUGGUGGAAUGCCUGGUGGAAUGCCUGGUGGAAUGCCCGGUGGAAUGCCUGGUGGAAUUCCUGGCAUACCCACAGGUGGGGGCAUGCCCACAGAGAACCCAGCCUCCUCACCCAGCAGUGCAGGAACGAACGCCGCCCAGCAGCAGCUGAUGCAACAGAUGCUCCAGAUGUUUGCUGGAGGAGGUGGAGGAGGAAGUGCAACGACCCAGACCCCAGAGGUGAGGUUCCAGUCCCAGCUGGAUCAGCUGAGCGCCAUGGGCUUCAUCAACCGCGAGGCCAACCUGCAGGCCCUCAUCGCUACUGGAGGAGACAUCAAUGCCGCCAUCGAGAGACUGCUGGGCUCACAGCCCUCGUAAAGACAUACAGUACAUACUGACACACAGACACGUACAUACAUACCUAACUCAUAAACCCACCCAGCAUCUACAGAGAACCAAGAGAAAUUUAAGUGUAUUUUCCCAAACUUUGCAGAAGAAACUUGGGCAGGAUCUGUAAGACCCUCAUUCUACAUCUGUUCUCAGAUCAUUCCCUAGUCCCCAUACUUUUUGGCGUCAUCCAACCAGAUCUCUGUCCCAGUGCUGCUGUAGAGCCGGACUGAACCACUCUCACCUUGAGGGGUGUUCUGGUGCAGAGAAAAGAAGCGAAAACCUCUCCUGAAAAGGGACUCCCAACCAUUUCUUCAUUCAUUGUUUUCUUCACAUAAAACUGGAGUCGAGUGUUGCAGACAAACAUUUACAUAAUGCAGAAUAAAUCCAUGUGAUGUGAUUGGCUGUUGGCUCUGUUUCACACAUGGCCAUUGUAAGGCAGUUUGUUAGCAUUUAGCUAUCAAAUCAAUACAUGAACAUUUACUGGUAUACAGACAGUAAUCCUGAACAAGAACAGGAAGAUAUCUUGUCCAUACAGGCGUUCAACCCCAUUCCUCCCUUUUCCCCCAUACUCGAGAUUCUACAUAAAUAGCUGUUUUUGCCCAACGACUUUAACUAUUUAUUGCAAGUGCUUAAGAAAAUGACGCCCUCCACACUUCCCUAAACUUGUAAUUUGUCAUUCCAGAUGAAAGUGCCCACUAACGGGUGCUCAGUGUCUUUUUCUUCUGAGGCACCGCUGCUGUGCCUUCUGUCCUUCCCUGCCCUAUAAGAGCAUUGUCGGCAUUCAGUGGGUUCAUUACAAACCUCCAAUAAAUUCCACACAGCAUCAUCCAGGACGGUAACCAUAAUCAAAUUUUACAUUGUAGCAGCUCCAAAGCAGAGGAAGCUGUUAGAAUGAAUACGAAUGAAACAAACAAGCUUUUCUUUCAUUUUAAUCUGAUUCUUCUUUUUUAUUAUUAUUAUUAUUAUUAUUAUUUCUUUUUUUUUUGAGGUGCAGUUAGUACCUAGAGAUAAUUAUGAUUUGUCUCGCAUUAAAUAAACAUGGAAAUCAAGUGAGAAAAAAAAAAAGAAUAAAUAAUGUAAAGGCUUUACAAACAGUUAUGGUAUGGUGGCACCAUACAUUUCUAAAAUCAAGUUCUAGGUUGUUAUUUUUUCUUUUUCUUUUGAAAAUCUCAGCAUUGUAGUUGUGGUAACCUUGGCAACUGCUUCUAUAGCUUUGCUUUGUCUGUUGACCUCAGCUGAAAAAGAAAAUCCAUCUUACAAUUGAACAUGUUGGAACUAACUUUUAACAGUACUGUACUAAAAAAGAAUAAAACAUGGUCAAAAACA